CGUGCAGACCGGCGUCACCGGGGUCACCAAGUCCUGCCACCUGUGCGACGCCGCCCAGCCCCACCUGCGCCACGGUGCUGCCUUCCUCACCGACUACAACAACCAGGCCGACACCACCUGGUGGCAGAGCCAGACCAUGCUGGCCGGGGUGCAGUACCCCAGCACCAUCAACCUCACCCUGCACCUCGGAAAGGCCUUUGACAUUACAUAUGUGCGCCUGAAGUUUCAUACCAGUCGGCCUGAGAGCUUUGCCAUCUACAAGCGCACAAAGGAGGAUGGACCAUGGAUACCUUACCAAUAUUAUAGUGGCUCCUGUGAAAAUACGUAUCAGAAAAUUAACAGAGGGUUUAUCCGGACUGGGGAGGAUGAGCAGCAGGCACUCUGCACAGAUGAGUUCAGUGACAUCUCUCCUCUCACGGGGGGCAAUGUGGCUUUUUCAACAUUGGAAGGGCGACCCAGUGCCUACAACUUUGAUAACAGUCCUGUGUUACAGGAAUGGGUGACGGCUACUGACAUCAGUGUGUCCCUUAAUCGCCUGAACACCUUUGGAGAUGAAGUUUUUAAUGACCCGAAAGUUCUCAAGUCUUAUUAUUAUGCAAUUUCUGAUUUUGCUGUAGGUGGCAGGUGUAAAUGUAAUGGCCAUGCAAGUGAGUGUAUGAAGAAUGAGUUUGGGAAGCUGUCUUGUGUCUGCAAACACAAUACAUUUGGGGUAGACUGUGAGAAGUGCCUUCCUUUCUACAAUGACCGUCCGUGGAGAAGAGCAACAGCAGAAAGUGCCAGUGAAUGCUUGCCUUGCAACUGCAAUGGGCGGUCUCAGGAAUGUUAUUUUGACCCUGAGCUGUACCGUUCUACGGGUCAUGGUGGCCAUUGUGUAGGCUGCUUGGAUAACACUGAUGGGGCCAACUGUGAAAGGUGCCGGGAAAAUUUCUACCGCCUUGGAAGUGAGGAAGCAUGUCUCCCAUGUAACUGUAACCCUGUUGGCUCCCUCAGCACACAGUGCGAUAAUUAUGGUCGCUGCAGCUGCAAGUCUGGUGUAACGGGUGAUAAAUGUGACCGAUGCCGGCCAGGGUUCCACUCUCUCUCAGAGGCUGGGUGCAGGUCAUGUUCUUGUAAUACUGCUGGUAGCACAGAUGACUGCAACAUCGAAACAGGGCGAUGUACCUGCAAGGACAAUGUGGAGGGAUUCAACUGUGAGAGAUGUAAACCUGGGUUUUUCAGUCUGGAUCCAGCAAAUCCUAGGGGCUGUAACCCCUGUUUCUGUUUUGGACACUCCUCAGUCUGCACGAAUGCCAUUGGCUACAGUGUCUACAGCAUCACCUCCAACUUCCAGUUUGGUGAGGAUGAGUGGCGUGCUGAACAACGAGAUGGCUCUGAAAUAUUACUCCAGUGGAGUGCUGAGACCCAGGACAUCUCAGUUACCUCAGACAGCUAUUUCCCUAUCUAUUUUGUUGCACCAGGCAAGUUCUUGGGUAACCAGGUUUUGAGUUACGGUCAAAACCUGACCUUCUCCUUCAGAGUGGAUCGAAGGGACACCCGUCUGUCUGCAGAGGACCUGGUGCUUGAAGGGGCUGACUUUAGAGUGUCUGUGCCUCUUAUUGCUCAGGGCAAUUCUUAUCCCAGUGAGAACACACUGAAAUACACCUUCAGACUUCAUGAGGCAACAGAUUACCCAUGGAGGCCAGCUCUUACCCCUUUUGAGUUUCAAAAACUGCUUCACAACUUGACUUCUAUCAAGAUCCGUGGAACGUACAGUGAGAGAAAUGCUGGCUAUCUGGAUGAUGUCACAAUUGUGAGUGCUCGUCCAGGGCCUGGAGCCCCAGCAGCAUGGGUGGAGAGCUGCACCUGCCCAGCAGGAUAUGAAGGACAGCUUUGCGAGCACUGUGCCCCAAGUUACAGGAGGGAGACUCCUAGCCUUGGGCCAUACAGUUCAUGUGUACUGUGCACCUGCAAUGAGCACAGUGAGACAUGUGAUCCAGAGACUGGUGCAUGUGACUGCAGGCAUAACACAGCAGGUCCUCACUGUGAAAAGUGCAGCGAGGGAUAUUAUGGUGAUGCGACUGCAGGCACUUCCUCUGACUGUCAGCCAUGUCCGUGUCCAGGAGGCUCAAGCUGUGCCAUAGUGCCUAAGACAAAAGAGGUGGUAUGCACGAAUUGUCCUUCUGGUGUCACAGGUAAAAGGUGUGAGUUAUGUGACGAUGGCUAUUUUGGAGACCCUCUUAGUGAAUAUGCUACUGGAAGGCCUUGCCGUCUCUGCCAGUGCAAUGACAACGUUGAUCCCAAUGCUGUGGGAAACUGUAACAGACAAACAGGUGAAUGCCUGAAAUGCAUCUACAACACAGCUGGCUUCUACUGUGACCGCUGCAAAGUUGGGUUCUUUGGGAACCCCUUAGCUCCAAACCCUGAGAGCAAGUGCAAAGCUUGCAAUUGUAAUCAUUAUGGCACGGUGAAACAGCAGACGAGCUGCAGUCAAGUAACUGGACAGUGUGAGUGCCUGCCACACGUCAUAGAGAGGGACUGUAGUGCCUGUGAGCCUGGCUUCUACAACCUCCAGAGUGGACGGGGCUGUGAGAGGUGUGACUGCCAUGCACUGGGUUCCACUAAUGGUCAGUGUGACAUACAGACUGGGCAGUGUGAAUGUCAGCCAGGCAUCACUGGUCAGCGUUGUGAGAGAUGUGAGGUCAACCACUUUGGAUUUGGACCAGAAGGCUGCAAACCAUGCGACUGUGAUCCUGAGGGUUCUCGCGCUCUGCAGUGCAAGGAGGAUGGUCGCUGUGCGUGUAAGGAAGGCUUUGUGGGGAACCGGUGUAACCAGUGUGAAGAGAACUAUUUCUACAAUCGGUCUUGGCCUGGCUGUCAGGAGUGCCCUGCAUGCUACAGGCUAGUGAAAGAUAAGGUGGUGGAACAAAGAGAGAAGUUGCAAGAACUGGAAAAUCUUAUAGCAAACCUAGGUACAGGAGAAGAAACUGUGACAGACCAGGCCUUUGAGGACAGGCUAAAGGAGGUAGAGAGAGAUGUCAUGGACUUGCUCGAAGAUGCACAGAGCAGCAAAGAUGUGGAUCAAGAUCUGAUGGAUCGUCUUAGACACAUUAACAGCACUCUGGCAAGCCAGCUCGACAGAUUACGGAACAUCCAGAACACAGUGCGAGAAACAGAUGGCCUUGCUAAGCAAGCCCGUGAACAAGUGCAGGAUACUGAGGACCUGAUUGAAAUAGCUUCCAGUAUGCUAGAGAAGGCACAAAUGGCAGUUGCCAAUGUGUCCAUUAGCCCAACAGAGACAAGCGGUGACUCUAACAACAUGACUAUCUUGGCAGGAGAGGCCCGUGAAUUGGCUGAACGACACAAGCAAGAAGCUGAUGAGAUUGUGCGUGUAGCCAAGGCAGCAAAUGAUACAUCAACAGAGGCAUAUCAACUGCUGUUGAAAACGCUGGCUGGAGGGAACCAAACAGCAAAAGAUAUUGAUGAGCUUAACAGGAAGUAUAAUCAGGCAAAGAACAUUUCCCGAGACCUUGAAAAACAGGCCAAUAAAGUUCUGGCAGAGGCAGAGGAAGCUGGGAAUAAGGCCCUUCAGAUCUAUGCUAAUCUCACCAGUCUACCUGCGGUGGAUUCCAGGGGUCUAGAGAAUGAGGCAAAUAAGAUCAAGAAGGAAGCAGAGGAGCUGGAUCAGCUAAUUGACAGGAAGUUGAAGGACUAUGAAGAUUUGAGAGAGGAUAUGAAAGGGAAGGAACUGGAAGUGAAGAACCUCUUAGAGAAAGGAAAAACUGAGCAACAGACUGCAGACCAGCUCUUGGCCCGAGCAGAUGCUGCCAAAGCUCUGGCUGAAGAAGCUGCCAAGAAGGGCAAUAACACGCUACAAGAGGCCAACAACAUUCUCAGCAACCUGAGAGAUUUCGAUAAGCGUGUGAACGAUAACAAGACAGCAGCUGAGGAGGCAUUGAAAAAGAUUCCUGCCAUUACCCAGACCAUUGCUGAAGCCAACAAUAAAACACGGCAAGCAGAGCUAGCACUUGGUAAUGCUGCUGCUGAUGCCAGGGAAGCCAAGAACAAAGCUGAUGAUGCUGAGAAAAUUGCUAAUUCUGUCCAGAAGAAUGCUGCCAGCACAAAAUCUGAUGCCGACAAGGCUUUCUCUGAUGUGACAGAAUUGGCCAGAGAAGUAGAUGACAUGAUGAAACAGCUUCAAGAUGCAGAGAAAGAGCUGAAGAGGAAGCAGGAAGAUGCCAACCAGGAUAUGAUGAUGGCAGGGAUGGCUUCACAGGCUGCCCAAGAGGCAGAAGACAAUGCAAGAAAAGCAAAGAACUCUGUGAAUAACUUGCUUACCAUCAUUAAUGAACUUCUGGAUCAACUAGGACAACUGGACACAGUGGACUUGAAUAAACUGAAUGAGAUUGAGGGUACACUGAACAGUGCCAAAGAUCAGAUGAAAGAUAGUGAGCUUGACCGAAAAGUGUCUUUCCUGGAGAAGGAAGCCAGGAAGCAAGACGAUGCCAUUCAGGCUUACAACAGGGACAUUGAAGAAAUCCUGAAAGACAUUAACAACCUGGAAGACAUUAAGAAGACAUUGCCAUCUGGUUGUUUCAACACCCCGUCCAUUGAAAAACCCUAAGGGUCUGCUGGGGGUGGGGGGAGAUUUCCCCUAGUGACUGGUGGAGCAGUUGUGUGGCUAUGGAGUGCCUUAACAUACAAAUUACCUUCUUCAAAUCCCCGACUCUCUGCUGCUCGCAGUUGCUGUUUUCUUUCCAAGUUAGGAAAAGUUGCGAAGUUUUAAAGAGAAGCAAAUUAAAAUAUCCAUCUUUGGGCAUCAAAGGGUUUUUUAUAAAUUCUGUCUUCCUGAACACUCCACCCUCACCUCUGUCUUUCUCAUUCCCCUUUGAUUUGCACAAGGAUGUGAAAUGUUCAGGACUGUUUGUACAGUGGUUCAGAAAUAACCAUGUGAACUGGGGUACAGUAAGGCAAAAUUAGCUCUUGCUUCUCUCCUCUUCCUCCACUCCCCCCACAACCACUGAAGCCUCCUCAGUCCCAGAGCUCUGUUUCUAUGAAGGAAGGGGUUGGCUACCAAAGUAUUAUUGUAACGGCCAGUAUAGCUGCACUCAAAGAACAUUAAUCCCCUUCCCCAAGUUCUAAUUGUGUUUUUAAAAAAUCCUGCAAAAAUUAGUGGCCAAUCAAAAAUUUUGGUAGCCAUCUGCCAAACUUUUUAGCAUCUUUCUUGAGUGCAAUAUAUCCCUCUGCUGAGAAAGAUAGUCUUUGAGUAGAGCUUUUGUGAGGGAAAGGAGGUGGAGUGGUGAGAGGUCUUCACAACACUGCUGUUAGCCUUCAAAGCAGAAAUGUUGUCUCAAGUCUGUGAACAGCUGCCUAGUCUAAUUUUCCAGGUCAGGAAGCCUGCAAAUGAUCAGCUCUCUUCUCAUCAGUAAAUGUCACUAAGGAAUUUCCAGAGGACCAUUCCAGGGAUAGAAUGAUUAAUGGAGACAGGCCUUUAAGAAUUAAAAAAAAAACAAACCUAAUAAGAUCUUUUUGAAGAAGAAUACAGCCACCCAAAGAGCUGCUACCAGUGGGUCUGUCUGAACUUGAAGUUAAUAUCUGCAGAUGGAAAACCGGCUUUAAAGACAGGGAUACAGGGGGUAGUCUCCUCAACUUCUGUCUGUGAGGGAAUGGGGUUUUUUCACUACAGUUUCAUGAUUGCCUUUGUCAGCUGUUUAUCUGAUCAAGAGCCAAAACUUACACUUUGCCUCAUUUUCUUGCUGAUCCUCCAGUCUUCUUAAAACAUUGCAGCACAAAUUGUUCAGGCCAACCUCUGGUGGCAAUUACCCUGCACUCACAGUAUUUCAUGUAGCUGCCACUGCCACCUCUUUAGACCUUCUGUCCAAGUUGAUGACUCCACUCCCUCCUGGUUAACUUUCCGCAUAGGAUUGAGAAAGGGGAGGGGGAUCUUUCACUCCUCUCUUCCUCCUUCAUCUGAGGAAGUAGCAGCCUCUGCAGUUUUUCUUACUAGCUCAGUCUGAUGUUCCCCCCACCCCUUUUUGAGAUCCAUAUAUAUCUAUCCUUAAACACUAUGCAACUUUGUACGUUUGCGUAGCGGGGAAGAAAUUAUCUGACACACACUGGUGCUAUUAAUUAUUUCAAAUUUAUAUUUUUGUGUGAAUGUGGGUUUUUUGUUGUUUUGUGUUUGUUUGUUUAUCAUGAUUAUAGAGUGAGGAAGUCUAUCUUUUUGUGUGUGUGUGUAAAUAUACUCAGCCCUAUCUCCAGAGUGGCACCGUCUGUUCCUUUACCUGCUUCCUUUUAUCCAUCACGGCACAUGCACCAUAUAGCUCUUCCAUUUAUUAUUCCUUCAGGGUUAGGUAUUUCUUUGGCUCAGGCUCCUACUCUUUUUCCCUCCUCCACGUUUGCAGUAUCUAUAUCCUGUGGUAUUAACACAAACCUGUUUGCCUGUAUAUGCAGUCCGGUGAUGGGACAUGUCGACCUCCCUUCAAAAGCCAGUACCAGAUGUCCAAAGCAUUCUGAAGUGUGUAGUUCAUAGGAACUAGUUAUGUUCUAUCUCUGACUUUUGUGAAGGAUGUCAUGCUGAUUUUUGGAUGGCUGUGGGUUUACAUCUGGACAUCUGGGAGGCAUAGCACUAUUUCCAACCCAAGUAAAGGGUGUGAGGGCUGCAACUGUGACCUUUCUGCAUAAUACGCCCUUUUGCGAGAAACGAGAAUUCAGUGUGAGGCUCAAUUACAGCAUUGGGGUUGUGCUGCCAGGCAGGAGAAAGUGAUUCCCACCAGCCUGUAGUAUACUAAACAGCAGCGUUGGAGGAGGGUCGCCUUGCCCAUCACACUUGUGAAACUCUCACAUCAGUAUUUCUGCUGGCUGCUCUGGUCACGUGGGUGUAUCCUAACCAUGUUGCCUCUGUGCCAAGGCUGGGGAAAGAACAGGCACAAAGAUGCAUGCACCCCCUGGCUGACCUCAGGCCUAAGGUUUCCUGCUUUUCCCUUUGUCUUAAGCAUUUUUUUAACAAAAUUUUUAUUUUUAAAUAAAAGAUCUUUAUAAACAAUUUCUUAAUACACUACUGCAUUAUGGCCAUUAUUGCAUUGUAUAGGUCCAGUUAUUUCUUUGAGUAAUGUGAUGACAAGACAGCUGCUGGUAGAAUGCUGGGUGUCACAGGGAACCCAUGGCAGUUCCCUUCUCAUUUUAUUCCCAACUGUGGCCCCCUCAGUAUGUGCCUUCACUUCAGCUUUUGCCUUAAUCUGUGGUCUUGCUGUCUGGGGCGGUGAACAAAAUGCAACACUUGCAGUUUUUUAUGUAUAAAACAGUAUUUCUUAUUUAUAAUAAAGUCUGAAUAUUUGUAACCCCUUA